AUGGCGCAUACAAAUCCAGCAGACGACGAAGAACUUAACAACGAUCCAGGAGCAUAUGUUAUUGGGUUUGGUAAACACGCUGGUAAACGACUCGAUUCCAUCCCCACCCACUACAGGUUGUGGGCGACAGGAGCCGAAUGUCAACAUUUCCAUGGGUAUGCAGAUUUAAAAGAGGCCAAUGAUCGAUAUGAAGAAAAACUUCUCCAAACUCCUGAAGCCUACACCUUCUCCUUCGGAAAACAUGAAAACAAAAGACUUGACGAAGUACCAGAAGAUUACAUUUGGUCUGUUAUUCGCCCUUCGUUUUCUAAUAAUCCCUGGUACCAAAGCCUGGUGGAAGCACAUCGUCGUUACCUGGACCAGGUAUACCAAAACAAAUCACCAGGCUCAGUUGUCAUUUGGUUCGGGCAGCAGUGCCGGGGGCACACACUCAGCUUUGCCUACAAGCGGCGUGGUUUCAUUGAAUUUUGUCUGAGACCAGAGCAUAAAUUUUUUAACUGGUAUUACAAACUUGAAGACCUAGUUCGGAGGUACGAAGCGCAUCUCGCGAGCCACCGACGGCCAUACCGCAGAAGAAAACCUGCACAUGUGGAAAACCCCGUAGGGGAACUUCUGGGACAUUGGGACGACCGUGGGUCUGUGGAGCCAGGUGAUGAAUAUGAGCGGGAUGACUUUGUAGUCGACGAUGGUGAGGGGGAAGAUGAAUAUUCCCAAGAAGAUAGUGGUUCCCAAUCAGACGAUAGCAACGACGACCACGGAUUUGAUGAUUUCCAGGGUGAAGAGAUAUAUGAUGAUUCGGAAGUCAAUACAACCGGUGACCCAGACGGAUCAAGUCCAGAGCAGCCUUCUUGCGCGAGUGCGGCUGUCUCUCAAGCCUCGGAGUCGGACUCAGAUUCGGAUGACGAUACGCCUUUAGACGAAUUGCCCAACAAGAUCAGGGCAAAACGUGUUUCCGGGAAAAAGAAGGCAGAGGUCGUAUCCUCACCCAGCCCCCAAAGAAGUCAUCGAUGUGAAGGCGAGGGCAGUAAUGAUGAUAUCGCUGCUCAGCCCCCACAAAAACGCCGCAAAGGCCCCCGCUUGGUCCGUGAUAGGCCUGCCUGGAAUGAAUUCGAUUCCGUAGCAGAGCCCGUCGCUUCGACGUCGCAUCUUGAUGAACAAGAACUCUCUCACUCAGGGUCGUCCCAGGAAUCCGCUGCAAGUUCAAGCACAGCUGAUGAAUCGCAAGUUGAGGAUGAGUCUUCGCCAAGCGACAACGAGGAAUUAUCGGACGGUUAUAUUCCUCCUCCCUCACUCUUGGGAGGCUACUAUCGUUCGCUUCCACGUGUAAUUAGUGGCUUCUGUCACCAGAAGAUGUCUUAG